AUGCAGGGCAGCCUGCAGCGAGCUGAAGGGGGCGUGUGUCACCUGCAGCAGCUGCUGCAGCUGCUGCUGCAGCAGCUAACAGAAAAAGCAGCACAAGUGGAAGCUUGUUUGGGAGUGCUGCAGCCAUUAGGGUUUUACUUGAAAGGAACUCAGUUAAUAAAUUGUCCCGGAGAAGCAGCAAACAGCCACGGGAAGAAGAGUUCGGGGCGGCGGCCCUCUGCUGCUGCUGCUGCUGCUGCUGCUGCUGCUGCUGCUGCGGCGCAGGACGCCGCAGCGGCAGACACGGCUGCUGCUGCUGCUGCGGGCGCAGCAGCCGCUGCCGCAGCAGCAGCAGCGGCUCCGCCCAGGGAAAGCGAUGGCGCCGGAGCGCCAGCUGCUCAGCAGCAGCAGCAGCAGCACAAGCAGCAGCAGCAGCAGAAGCAGCAGCACAAGCAGCAGCAGCAGCCGAGGGAGAAGCUGGGGCAAAGGACCCAUGUGAGAGCGCCAAGCGAAGAGAAGCAGCAGCAGCAGCAAAUCCUUGCUGCUCCUGCUGCAGCCUCUGCCCCAGCAGCAGUUGGCGCCGAAGCAGCAAGGACUUCUGCUGCUGCUGCUGCUGCUGCUGCUGCUGCUGCUGCUGCUGCUUCCUUGUCCGAUGCAGCAGCUGAUGCUGCACCGGACGGGCCAGUGGCAGCAGCAGCAGCAAAACCAGCAGCAAAAGCAGCAACUGCUGCUGCUGCAGGGCCAGCUACUGCUUCGUUUGCGGUGGCGGCGGAACCUUUACCAGCAGCAGCUGCCGCAGCAGCAGCAGCAGCAGCAGCAGCAGCGGAGCCUUGCGGUCUCCCUGUUGUAAAGAAAAGGCAAAAGAGAAAAACGGGACAGGAAGCAGGAGCUGCUGCUGCUGCUGCUGCUGGUUCUGCUGCUCCAACCCGAAAGAGAAGGAAGCCACUGUCUUCAAUGGCCCAGCAGCAGCAGGAACAGCAGCAAGAGCAGCGGCAGCAGCAGCAGCAGCAGCAGGAGCAGCAGCAAAAGCAGCAGCAGACACAGCCAGAUACGCAGGAGCCGCUCGAAAGUUCUUAUAAGUCCCAGGAAGUACUUUACAAGACUCCUAAGCAGCAGAAGCCAGAAUCAGCAGCAGCUGCUGCUGCAGCAGCAGCUGCAGCAGCAGCUGCAGCAGCAGACGCUGCAGCAGUAAAGGGACAGCAAGCUGCAGCAGCACCGGAAGGAGCAGCAGCAACGCCAGCUGUUAAGCCGUCGCCUCCAAGAUUGGUUACACCUAGACCCGCAGCAGCAGCAGCAGCAACAGCAGCAGCAGCAGCAGCAGAACUUCGUGCAGCACCAGGCACUUCUCUAGCAGCGUCAGCAGCAGCAGCAGCAUCUCCACGAAGUGCUGCUGCUGCUGCAGCAGGCAGCCAGAAGCCAAGCGAAACAUCUCCAAGAGGUUUUCUUGUGGCGAAGGUUUCCCAGACUCCCCCAAAUAAAGCAGCAGCAGCAGCAGCAGCAGCAGCAGCAAGGGCAGCAACGGCAGCAGCAGCAAGACCCGCAGCAACACUACCAGCAGCGGCAACACCUCCUGAAGGCUCGCUUUUGCUGCCUUCUCCCUCGGCAGCCGCAAGAACAGCAGCAGCAGCAGCAGCAGCAGCAGCAGCAGCAGCAACAGCGGCAGCAUCGUCCCCUGCAUCGCCACUGAAACCCAAGCAGCAGCAGCAGACAGCAGCAGCAGCAGCACCAAAGGUAGGAACAGAUUUUCUAGCAGCUAAAAAGCUGCAAAGCGAAGAGCAAACCCGCAGCAGCACUGCAGCAGCAGCGGCAGCUGCUGCUGCUGCUGCCGCAUCCGCGCCUGCUGCUGCUGCUGCUGCUGCUGCCCCAGCUCCUUUGCCCAGCCUAGCUGCUGCAGCUAAUUCUCAGCUACGAGCUCAAACGCCGCAGAGGAGGCUAGCCAAGCAGCAGCAGCAGCAACAGCAGCAACAGCAGCAGCAGCAGCAGCAGAGGCCUCUACAGCCAGCUGCUCGCUCACCUACUGCCCAGACACAGCUGCAGCAACAGCCGCAGCAGCAGCAGCAGCAGCUGCUGCAGCAGCAAGGUAAGCCGCUAACGCCGAGAAGCAGCAGUGGUCCAGAAGCUGCUGCUCCUAAACAGCAACGUUCAAGUCAGCAGCAGCAGCAGCGCUCAAACCAGCAGCAGCAGCAGCAGCCGCUAACAGAGGAGCAGCAAGCGAAGCAACAGCAGCUGCUGCUGCAGCGGAGACUUCGGCAGCGACUGCAGCAGCAGCAAAGACGCAGAAUUAAAGCAGGGCUAAGUGCAGCACCGCAGCGCCUAGGCAAAGCAAAGGCUCGUGCGCCUCGCAGCAGCAGCAGCAGCAGCAGCAGCAGCAGCAGCAGCAGUGAUGAGGGCAACGUCAGCAAAGCCGCUGCAAAGCCCAAAGCUCGAGCCAGCAGCAGCACCAACGGCAGCAGCAACAGCAGCAGCAGCAGCAACAAGCAGAAAAGCAGCGGCAACGCCAGCAACGGCAACAGCAGCAGCA